AUGUCUGAAGCCGAAAACUUAAGCCACGCGUCGGUUCAGGAGAGCAUCGCCGGAUGCGAGCGGCAGGGUGAAUUGGACAUCUUCGAUCUCAUGAUAGCGAGCCGUAGCCUAAGGUCCUUCAUCUUUCAAAUAGAAGGCUCGUGCUGCCCUGGAUUCAAAAUCGGCUGGGUCAGCACCGUCACAGCCAGGUUCUUCUACGGCCAUAUUGAGAUUGGGGAGUUGACGUUCGAGAACACGCCAGUCGUACCCGAUGGCGCAAAUUUCGUGACUAUUCCGGAGGGCGAGUACCGCGAAGAUAUUGUGAACAUCAAGAGCAUGGUGGGAUUCGAGUCCUUCUUCGACGACCUUAUGCCCAAGAGCGGUGCCGCCCAUUGGCUUGACGAGGACGAAAGAAAGACUACAGCUGCCAUGAGCGUGUCGCCCGACGGCCAUCAUCUCGCAUUGACUAUUGACUUGGCGAAACCGCCGAGAAUUAAAUGUGAGGUGAGGUCCCUCACCAUCUCCGACAAUCGGAUCAACAUCAAUAUGAGAAACACGAGCUCAGGCCCGAUCAACAUGGUCCUUGAUGCAGACUGUGAAUUUGUCCUCCUGCAAGACAAGAAAACUGUGGGAAACCUGCUGGGGAUGUUCAACAUUCACUCGGGAACAGAGGAUUGGGUGGUGAAUGGGACUAUCCAAGAUGGAGUUUCCGGCGUGGUGUUACUAAAGGGAGUCAGAUAUAGGGAGCAUUUUGCUGAUAAUACGUGGUAUCAAUACUUUAUUCAAUCUUUCGAGGUUGAAAUCAAUGUGGACAGAGCGGCGUCAGGGAGGGUAGUGAAAAAGCGCAAGCUCUCAACACGAUCUUCUGAGCUAUAA